AUGUCCUCAAAUAUGGUGCUUCAGAAAAUGCUGCUGAUGCUGACUUCCUUUUUAGUCAUUACCUGGAUUAUUUUUGUCAAUUCCCAAAACUCCACAAAGCUUUGGACUGCUCUAGACAGAUCCAUCUCCUUCCGUCCUUGGAACACCUUCAUGAAGUCCUCAUGCCCUCAGACUCCAAUGAAUCUCCUGAUCAAGUCACCAACAGAGACAGAGCUGAGACUCAGGGAGAUCCUGGAAAAGCUGGACCAGCAGAUCCCACCCAGACCCUUCACCCACCUCAAAAGCACCACCAGUGCCAAGCACAGCACGGCCACCGUCCUCAACCCUCAACACACAUACUGCAGGGGGGACCAGCUGGACGUCCUCCUGGAGGCCAGGGACUACCUGGGACGCAGGAAGGAGUACGGUGGGGACUUCCUGAGGGCCAGGAUGUUCACCCCAGCCCUGAAGGCAGGUGCUACUGGAAAGGUGACAGACUUCAACAACGGCACCUACCUGGUCAGCUUCACUCUGUUCUGGGAGGGUCCAGUCUCCCUGUCCAUCCUGCUCAUCCACCCCAGUGAAGGGGUGUCAGCUCUCUGGAGGGCGAGGAACCAAGGCUACGACAGAAUCAUCUUCACUGGCCAGUUUUCUAAAGGCACCUCGCAUGUCCUCACUGAAUGUGGCCUGACCUUAAACACAAGCACUGAGCUGUGUCAAUACCUGGAUGCUCGGGACCAAGAAGCUUUCUACUGCGUGAGGCCUCCGCAUGUUUCCUGUGAGGCACUGACGCACAUGCGCACAAAGAAUAGAGGUAUUUCCUACCUUAGCGAGGAAGAAUGGAGCCUUUUCCACAGGUCCAACACAGCAGUUGAAAUUGUGAAGAAGUUGACCUCCAUCAAGGUCUCGUCAUGUAACAGUGAGUCCCAUAACGUGAAAAAGAAAUGUCAUAUUGGAAUGAAGACGCCUUUCCCCAGUGGUUACACUAUGAAAGAAAAGUGGAUUACUGCAUUUUGUAAACAGAAUGAAUUCAGUGCAACAGAAACUAUAACUGCCUGCUUGACAAGAAAACUUAUUUACCUCAUGGGAGAUUCAACACUGCACCAGUGGAUUUACUAUUUACAAAAAACUGUGAAAACCUUAACAGUUUUUGAUUAUCAUGGAAGUGGCCCCUUUAAAACACACGUCCUUCUGGAUGCGAAAAGACAUAUUUUUAUCCAGUGGAAAAAGCAUGGGCAUCCAUUUGUUACUGAAAAGCUCUUUUCACUGAAAGAUGACAACUACAUCCCACGGCAAAUUGACCAGGUGGCAGGAGACCGUGACACGGCAAUUAUCAUUACCCUUGGCCAACACUUCAGACCCUUUCCCAUCAACAUCUUCAUCCGCAGGGUCAUCAAUGUUAAAAAGGCCAUAGAACGACUAUUCCUUCGAAGCCCAGACACCAAGGUGAUACUUAAAACUGAAAACACCAGGGAAUUAAAUCAAAACGCAGAGCUGUUCAGUGACUUCCAUGGCUAUAUUCAGAAUCUUAUCAUGAGGGACAUUUUUGCGGAUCUCAACGUGGGUGUUAUUGAUGCCUGGGACAUGACGGUUGCAUAUUAUUCUAACAAUGUCCAUCCUCCUGACAGUGUUAUUAAAAGUCAGAUUGGCAUGUUCUUAAACUACAUUUGCUAG